AUGGUUAUGAGCCUGAACAAGCUGAAAAGGGGCAGGAAAAGAAGUGGAGGCAGCAUUCUUCCUAUUUAAAGCUGCAUCGCUUGAAAAAAGUUUCCGCAGACUGUGCUGGAGUCUGUGCUGAAAAAGUGGGUUUGCAGCGGCUGCCCUGAGGCUGGUGCUGAAAAAAGAGGACCCCUCAACUGCCUUCAUGGUGCUACAAUAACCUCAGAAUCAACUUUUCACUCCCAGGAGGACCCACAUGUCUAAUAUUUAGAUAUGAUGGCAAACUGGGUGGAAGCAAGACCUCUCCUCAUUCUUACUGUUUUAUUAGGGCAAUUUGUCUCAAUAAAAGCCCAGGAAGAAGGCGAGGAUGGCGAGUUCGUCGACGGAUAUGAUGAAGAAAUAGCCUGCACACAGAAUGGUCAGAUGUACUUAAACAGGGACAUUUGGCAUCCUGCCCCCUGCCAGAUCUGUGUCUGUGACAAUGGAGCCAUUCUUUGUGACAAGAUAGAGUGCCAGGAUGUACUCAACUGUGCCGAUCCCGUGACCCCACCUGGCGAAUGCUGUCCUGUGUGUCCACACACGAGUGGGAGCAGCAAUACUAACUUUGGUAGAGGAAGAAAGGGACAAAAAGGAGAACCAGGAUUAGUGCCAGUGGUCACAGGCAUACGUGGUCGUCCAGGACCAGCAGGACCUCCAGGAUCCCAAGGACCAAGAGGGGAGCGAGGCCCCAAGGGCAGACCUGGUCCUCGUGGUCCUCAGGGAAUUGAUGGAGAACCCGGUGUUCCUGGUCAACCUGGAGCUCCAGGACCUCCGGGCCAUCCAUCCCACCCAGGCCCUGAUGGCAUAAGCAGGCCAUUUUCAGCCCAGAUGGCAGGGUUGGAUGAGAAAUCUGGACUUGGAAGUCAAGUAGGACUGAUGCCUGGCUCUGUGGGUCCUGUUGGUCCUCGGGGACCUCAAGGUUUACAAGGGCAGCAAGGUGGUGUAGGACCUGCAGGCCCCCCUGGUGAACCUGGUGAACCUGGACCAAUGGGUCCAAUUGGUGCACGUGGACCAGAGGGCCCUCCUGGAAAACCUGGUGAAGACGGUGAACCAGGCAGAAACGGAAAUACUGGUGAAGUAGGAUUUGCAGGCUCUCCGGGAGCUAGAGGCUUUCCUGGGGCUCCUGGUCUUCCAGGCUUGAAGGGUCACCGAGGACACAAAGGUCUUGAAGGUCCAAAAGGUGAAGUUGGAGCAACGGGCUCUAAGGGUGAAGCUGGUCCUACUGGUCCAAUGGGUGCCAUGGGUCCCCUGGGUCCGAGAGGAAUGCCAGGAGAGAGAGGGCGGCUUGGGCCACAGGGUGCUCCUGGACAACGAGGUGCACAUGGUAUGCCAGGAAAACCUGGACCGAUGGGUCCUCUUGGGAUACCUGGUUCUGCUGGUUUUCCGGGAAAUCCUGGAAUGAAGGGAGAAGCAGGUCCAACUGGGGCUAGAGGUCCUGAAGGUCCUCAAGGGCAGAGAGGGGAAACUGGGCCACCAGGUCCAGCUGGAUCUCAGGGUCUUCCUGGUGCAGUGGGAACUGAUGGCACACCUGGUGCCAAAGGCCCGACGGGCUCUGCUGGGACCUCUGGUCCUCCUGGAUUGCCAGGGCCCCCUGGAUCUCCAGGACCACAAGGCAGCACUGGACCUCAAGGAAUUCGAGGGCAACCGGGUGACCCAGGGGUUCCAGGUUUCAAAGGAGAAGCUGGCCCAAAAGGAGAACCAGGGCCACAUGGUAUUCAAGGUCCCAUAGGUCCACCUGGUGAAGAAGGUAAAAGAGGUCCCCGAGGUGAUCCUGGAACAGUUGGUCCUCCAGGUCCAAUGGGAGAGAGGGGUGCUCCUGGCAAUCGUGGAUUUCCAGGCUCUGAUGGUUUACCUGGCCCAAAGGGCGCUCAAGGAGAGAGGGGUCCCGUAGGUUCAUCAGGACCUAAAGGAGGCCAAGGGGACCCAGGACGUCCGGGUGAGCCAGGGCUUCCUGGUGCACGGGGUCUGACUGGAAAUCCUGGUGUUCAAGGCCCUGAAGGAAAACUUGGACCUUUGGGUGCUCCUGGGGAAGAUGGCCGCCCGGGUCCUCCAGGCUCCGUGGGGAUCAGAGGGCAGCCCGGCAGUAUGGGUCUUCCCGGCCCCAAAGGUAGCAGUGGUGACCCUGGAAAACCCGGGGAAGCAGGAAAUGCUGGUGUUCCUGGGCAGAGGGGAGCUCCUGGAAAAGAUGGCGAAGUUGGUCCUUCAGGCCCUGUUGGUCCCCCGGGUCUUGCUGGGGAAAGAGGAGAGCAGGGACCUCCAGGGCCCACUGGCUUUCAGGGACUUCCUGGGCCACCAGGGCCUCCUGGGGAAGGUGGAAAACCAGGUGAUCAGGGUGUUCCUGGAGAUCCUGGAGCAGUUGGCCCACUAGGACCUAGAGGGGAACGAGGAAAUCCUGGGGAAAGAGGAGAACCAGGAAUAACUGGGCUCCCUGGGGAGAAGGGAAUGGCUGGAGGUCAUGGCCCCGAUGGCCCAAAAGGGAGUCCAGGGCCAGCUGGGACUAUUGGUGACACAGGCCCACCAGGCCUUCAAGGUAUGCCAGGAGAGAGGGGAAUUGCAGGAACUCCUGGCCCGAAAGGUGACAGAGGUGGAAUAGGAGAGAAAGGUGCUGAAGGCACAGCUGGCAAUGAUGGAGCAAGAGGUCUUCCAGGUCCCUUGGGUCCUCCGGGUCCUGCAGGUCCAACGGGAGAAAAGGGUGAACCUGGUCCUAGAGGUUUAGUUGGCCCACCUGGCUCUCGUGGCAAUCCUGGUUCUCGUGGUGAAAAUGGCCCAACUGGAGCUGUGGGUUUUGCUGGACCUCAGGGUCCCGAUGGGCAGCCAGGGGUGAAAGGUGAACCCGGCGAGCCAGGCCAGAAGGGAGACGCUGGAUCUCCUGGACCACAAGGGCUAGCGGGAUCCCCUGGCCCUCAUGGUCCUAACGGUGUUCCUGGACUCAAAGGUGGUCGAGGAACCCAGGGCCCACCUGGUGCUACAGGAUUUCCUGGUUCUGCUGGCAGAGUUGGACCUCCAGGCCCUACUGGAGCACCAGGACCUGCAGGGCCCAUAGGGGAACCUGGGAAGGAAGGACCUCCAGGUCUUCGUGGGGAUCCUGGCUCUCAUGGGCGAGUGGGAGAUCGAGGACCAGCUGGCCCCCCUGGUGGCCCAGGAGACAAAGGAGACCCAGGAGAAGAUGGGCAACCUGGUCCUGAUGGCCCUCCUGGCCCAGCAGGGACGACGGGACAGAGAGGCAUCGUGGGCAUGCCUGGGCAGCGUGGAGAGCGGGGCAUGCCUGGCCUGCCAGGCCCAGCAGGUACACCAGGGAAAGUCGGACCAACUGGUGCAACAGGAGAUAAAGGUCCACCUGGGCCUGUGGGACCCCCAGGUUCAAAUGGUCCUGUAGGGGAGCCUGGACCAGAAGGUCCAGCGGGAAAUGAUGGGACUCCAGGAAGAGAUGGUGCUGUUGGAGAACGUGGUGAUCGUGGGGACCCUGGGCCUGCAGGACUGCCAGGUUCUCAGGGUGCCCCUGGAACUCCUGGCCCUGUUGGUGCCCCGGGAGAUGCAGGACAGAGAGGUGACCCGGGUUCUCGGGGCCCUGUAGGACCACCUGGCCGGGCUGGAAAACGUGGCUUACCUGGACCCCAAGGGCCACGUGGAGACAAAGGUGAUCAUGGGGAUAGAGGUGACCGAGGGCAGAAAGGCCACAGGGGCUUCACUGGUCUCCAGGGACUUCCAGGCCCUCCGGGUCCAAAUGGUGAACAAGGUAGUGCUGGAAUUCCUGGACCAUUUGGCCCAAGAGGUCCUCCAGGCCCAGUGGGUCCUUCUGGGAAAGAAGGAAACCCUGGACCACUUGGACCUAUUGGACCUCCUGGUGUGCGGGGCAGUGUAGGAGAAGCAGGACCUGAGGGUCCUCCUGGUGAGCCUGGACCACCUGGCCCUCCAGGUCCCCCUGGCCACCUGACAGCUGCACUUGGAGACAUCAUGGGGCACUAUGAUGAAAGCAUGCCAGAUCCUCUUCCAGAAUUUACUGAAGAUCAGGCGGCUCCUGAUGACAAAAACAUAACUGACCCUGGGGUCCAUGCCACGUUGAAAUCACUCAGUAGUCAGAUUGAAACCAUGCGCAGCCCUGAUGGUUCUAAAAAGCACCCAGCCCGUACUUGUGAUGACUUAAGGCUUUGCCAUUCCGCAAAGCAAAGUGGAGAAUAUUGGAUUGAUCCUAACCAGGGAUCUGUGGAAGAUGCAAUCAAAGUUUACUGCAACAUGGAAACAGGAGAAACUUGUAUUUCAGCAAUUCCAUCCAGUAUACCACGUAAAACCUGGUGGGCCAGCAAAUUGCCUGACCAUAAGCCUGUUUGGUAUGGUCUUGAUAUGAAUAGAGGAUCUCAGUUUACUUAUGGAGACCACCAUUCACCCAACACAGCAAUUACUCAAAUGACCUUCCUGCGCCUUUUGUCAAAAGAAGCCUCCCAGAACAUUACUUACAUCUGCAAAAACAGUGUAGGAUACAUGGAUGAUCAGACCAAGAGUUUGAAGAAAGCUGUGAUUCUCAAAGGGGCGAAUGACCUAGAAAUCAAAGCAGAAGGAAAUGCUAGAUUCAGAUACACAGUUCUCCAUGAUACUUGCUCUAAACGAAAUGGAAAUAUGGGCAAGACUGUCUUUGAAUACAGAACACAGAACGUGGCACGCUUGCCCAUCAUAGAUAUUGCCCCUGUGGAUGUUGGCAGCACCGACCAGGAAUUUGGCGUUGAAAUUGGGCCAGUUUGUUUUAUGUAAAGUAAGCCAAGAUGCACCGACAGCAACCACCACCAUCCAUGACGACCACCAUCAUUGACAAGAACUCUGACUGAAGUUGAUCCUGAGACUCUUGAAGUAGUGGCUGAUCCUGCAGCAGCACUGUACAUAUGGUCUGAAGUGCCUGGCCUUCUUAUCCUUCAGAAUAUUUAUUUUACUUACAAUUCUCAAGUUUUAAUUGAUCAAAAAUAUUUCCCAAUACUGCAAUUUAGGUUUAAGAUGACCAAUGACAGUGAACACCUUUAAAAAGAAGUAAACUGAUUAAAUAAAGAAAUCUCCUUUUUCUUCAAUUUAUAUCAGUGUAAUGAAAAGGUUAUUCAGAGUUUAUGAGGAAAUUCUUCUUCCUGGCAGGUAGCUUAAAGAGUGGGGUAUAUAAAACUAUAAGACAUGUUUAGUUUGCUUGGCUGCAAUUUUAAAAUUCAAAAGUUGUGCCCUUUUGUUUCACCCCCUGAUUACAAUGAAAAGCAAAAUCAAAUUGUUUAAUGUUGUGAUUGGAACCACAUGUAUGUCUUGAUAUUGUAUAACCAUUAUACAGAAUCUUUAGAGUAUUCAAAAGUACCAGUUACUUUCUGUUAAAUGAAAAUUUUUAAAUAAUAUAUAUUCAAAAGAAUUUCAGGAAAACCAAUAAGUUACUUUUAUCUUCUGAAAUUUCACAAAGAGUAAUACAUGUAAACUCCAUCCUUGAUUAAAUGUAACAGUACAUUUUUCCCUUUUGAUAUAACCUAUUGAUACAGAUAGAAAUUACGUGAGUAAACAUUUAACAUACUUUUUUAAGAUGGCAUUUAAUACAAAACUAUUUACACAUACCACUUUAUAUACAUGCAUCUAAGACUCAAAGUUGAAAUUCUUCCACAUAUACAGUCUCAUCAUCCUGAAGCUUAUAAUGAAGAAAAACAUCCAGAAACACAUAGUUGCGGAGCUAACUCAUUCAAAUGUGAUAAUUAGACCAUUUGGCCUUUGAACUUUCAUAGGAAAAAAAUGACCCAACAUUUCUUAGCAUGAGCUACCUCAUCUCUAGAAGCUGGGAUGGAUUUAACUAUUCUUGUUUAUAUUUUAGAUACUAAAAGGUGCUAUGCUUCUGUUAUUAUUCCAAGAAUGGAGAUUGGCAGGGCUGAAAAAUAUUAUUGCUAUUUUCUCUUUAAUGAUGGUGCUAAAAUUAUUUCUAUUAAAGUCGUUAAAAAUAAAGAUUGUUUCAUCAACACCAUUUAUGAAACCGCAAUUGCUAGACCUCUAGUUCUGGUAGAAGAAGCGUUGUUGCAGUGCCUUUCGCUGUCCCUGCGUCAUGUUGUGUCUGGAGCGCUCUGUAAUACUUGCAUGUUUCCUAGAGUAGAACAUGUGGGUUCCCUUGUGUCUCAGAGAUUUUUUUUUUUCUUAAUUGCAUUUGUUGGCUCCAUUUUUAUUUCUUCCCUAGCAGCUGGGGCCAUCCCAAAAGACAAGCCAUGCACACAACUUUGGUCAUGUAUUUCUGUGAAGCAUCAAAUUAAAUGCACGCUUUUUUCA